AUGGAGGCUUCGUUUGCCUUCAGCUCCUGGACACCAGCGGCCGUCCCCGUGACUUUGCGCCGGCACAAGACUGGUGGGACAUCACGGGACAAGCCGCGAAAUGGGAUGAUCGAAUUCGUGGCAACGGCGGGGACUCCUGGUGUGUUUGCGCCACUUGCGCCUCAGAGAUCGUCGAAAAGGUGGGCUGCGCCAAGAUGCCGAUCCGUUGCAACGCCACCAACGAGGAGGACGUCUUUGGCAUCAACCUGCCACAGUACCACGCGCUGGACUGGAAGGGAUGGGCGGAUCAGGCUAUAG